AGCAACUGAAUCAGGGAGGGCUGCCUCUCAUCUCUCCGCUGUCAUCGCCAUCCUUUCCUCUCCUCCUCCUCUGCUGCCAUGGAGCUCCAGCAGGCUGAAUCACAGCAGCAUCUGCAGAAAGGGCUGAGGUAGAUGUGAGUGUGUGUGUGGUGCUCUGUUGGGCCAUUAUGGAGUGUGUGUGUCUGGGAAGGUGGACGUCGGGCUCGGCCGUCGUGUUCCUUCACACACUGGCCCUGUCCUGGACAGGUGCAAUUGAGCCCGUUCCUAAAAUUGACGGAUGGCACCGGGGAGGUGUGACGCUGCAGGAGAAUGUGACACACCGGUUCAACUGCCAUUCAGAUGGCUGGGACCCCCACGCCCCUCCCAUGCUGACCUGGUAUUUGAACGGCGAGCAGCAGAGAGAUCCAUCACCAAACCGUGGCCGUCUGGUCAUGACAUCACAAGAGGAUUCUGAGGUGAUGAGACCGGGGUCCAGUCACAACAGCACCUUCUGUUUGAGGGCCAGAAAGUGGGACAGGGAACUGGUGUGUGUCGCAUCAAACCCCAGGACAGGCGAGAGCUACAACGCCACGGUCACGCUCAAUGUCCAGUUCCAGCCAGAAAUCCUCAGGGUGAAUGCCCACUAUAGUGAAACCUCAGAUCCUGGCCUCUCCCUGGUCCUCUUCGCCUUGGUGAGGUCAAAUCCACCUGCCACGAUCACCUUUGUUGACCAGUCCGGCCAGUUGGUGGCCAAUACCUCUGACUUCCUCAUUCUGGACUCACGAAGCUACCCGUGGCUGACCAAUCACACGCUGAGAAUCACGCUCAGCAGUCUAUCAGGAAAUGUCUCGCUGAACGCCAGCAACAGUGUGGGAACGGCGCAAAGCAACCUCACACUGGCAGAGUUCCUGCAGUCUCGUGUGGAGGUGCCCAUGCUGGGAAUCGUGACCGGAGGAGCCAUGGCCUUCAUGGCCCUGCUCAUCCUCAGCCUGAUAGUCCUCUGCCUCAUGCAAAAAAACAAGAGCAAGUCUAUUGAGGAUACAGUGGAGAUUGUGAUGACCAAGAAGAGCGAGUCAGCCAAUCUGAAGCCGGAUAAAACUGAUAAGACCCACAUCCCCAGGGAGAACAUGUCCCUGCCUUCAAACAUGCAGCUCAACGACCUCAGCACUUUAAGGAAAGCCCGGGAGGCCGCCCAGCAGAACAGUGUGGGAGAGGAGAAGAAAGAGGAAGAUGAGGAGGAAGAUCUAUCUUUAGCCUAUGCUGCCAGAGCGUUCUUUCUUUCCCCCUAUGAUUUCAAGGUUUUGCCAGAUAUCCAAUGGUGGGCUACAUCUAUAAGGUGAACAGCACAAGCAGCGAGGAGAUCUGGCUCUGACGUCCCUGAAUGUAACACACAUACUGUACAUGCAUGCUACUUCAAAACAGUCCAGCCGUCCCAGAGGAAACACAGAGCAACUGCCACUCAACCAACAACUCAGGCUGGACUGACACGAACAGGAUCCAGGAUCUUGUUGGUGGAGUUUAACACCAUUCUGCUGACCGCAUUGUCAUGAUCACGAGUUUCAUAACCACACAAGGAAACUGUCUGUGUGUUUGUUACCAAGUGCUCAGUAUUUACACUGCUGACAUGUUGUCUAACAGUAUGAACUGCAAAUGAAGCGCUCAUCUUUCAGUUUGUUUCGACAUGAUCUCCUGUAAACAUGCUCAUAAUGUCCCUCCUCUGUGUUGCAUUACUGGAAUGCAUUAAAUGUUCUAUGCUAACGCUGAUACCUUAAUAAGAUGGUGCAUAAUUAUAGAAUACGUAUCUGGUCAUGGAAAUGUUAAGAUGCAAUGUACUGUAUAUUUGUAUGCAUAUGUAUAUGUGUAUAAAAGAAGAUGUCUAAUAAAGAUAAUAUCGAGACAGUGUGGAGGCAAAAGCUGGAAAAUGCCGUGGUUGCAAUCAACACUCACCAGGGGGCGCUGCAGAGCGGUUUACGAUGAGAGUCGUGUGUUGUUGGCAUAGUUCUAGCAAUAAGUGUUGUGUGAUGGAGAAGGCACUGAUGCAUUUGGGGAAAAAAGUAAUUGGGUACUCUAUAGCUGUAGCAGGUGCAGGAGAAGAAUAAUCUAGGUCUUUAGGU